AUGUAUAUCAAUUUUACUAGUUUUCUGAUAAAAGAAAAAAAGUAUAAUGUCAGAUUUUUGUUAAGUAGAAAUAGAAAGAUAUACGCUGCCGUGGGAGAAGGACACCUCUCCGGAUUUGUAACUAAAAAUCAUAAAAUAUCACGUCUUUCCUUCAUAUUUUCAAAAAAAAAAAAAGUUUUCUUUACCAUUUUUGACACAAUAAUCACGAUAAUUGUUAGGUCAGGCAUUCCCUUUCCACUUUUAUGUUCAUUUGGACGCAAUAAGAUAUACAUAUUAUUUAAUGUGCUCUAA